AUGCUCGAGACAUUCACGACAUUGGCCCCUCAAGCCAGGCUCACCCAGCAAUACGAGGGUACGCUUGGGGUGAUUCUUUUCAACGGCUCGGCCAGUUCCCUCGUCAGACUGCUCGCCGUCCCUGUGAGGCCAGCGCCAAUCUGGACUCCACCAGUCGAUGGCCUUGGCCACGCACAGCUUGACCAGCCGCCUCCCCUUCUUGACCUCCCAAGCGAACUCCAUUGGAGAAUAUUCCAGCAUGUUGGAACCAUUCAAGAUGUCCUCGGCCUCGGGUUGGCUUAUCCGUCCUUGCGCGGCAUGGCUCAAAGGCAACUCCAGGACCAUUUUCGCCUGCUGUUCGGACGAUGGGCUAAUCAUAAGAUUGUGUGCGUGGGGGAAUAUGUUGAGGCACAUGAUUACCCCCCUGGAUUAUUCUCAGACGAAGAGCUGCAAGACAUCAGCCAGUGGGAACAUCAAGCCUAUUCCGAAGACACGGAGGAGACUAUAUGGAUUACGCCGUCGACUCUCCAUGACUUUACGAGGAGCGGCGUCUCAGACAUCCAGAAAGAGCCAUGUAUGCGUGGUGAAAUUUUCCGUCUGAGAGAAUACCUCUCUUUGCGGCAGUGGUGCACAAGCGCCGGUAUGAUCAAUAUAGGCCUGCGUCCCCGGAGCGAUCGCGAAUUCUUUCCCACAAAUGAGCCGUGGAUUCUUCGAAACCUCACGCAAAAGCAACUUGUCCGUGCCGAAGCCAUUGCAUUGAAGCCAGAGUUUAUCCACGGCCCGGAUAUUAAUAUUCUGGGCUUUGGUGAAGUCUUACUAUCGCGCAUCUGCUGGUCAUCAUCGCCCGCCUUUGGCAUUGAGGAUCCCACGAAUAUCUGCAGAGGAGUGUGGGCAGGGCACCGCUUCGAUAUCACAACGCUCGCCAGACACCAGGAAGAGACUGCCGGUGAUAAUGACUGGGUUGAUGCGAGCGACGAGGUUGCACAGGAAAUUGCUACUAUAUGGCAAAGCAACCUCGGCGCCGACUGGCGUGAGUUUCUAUGUGAAUUUGGGUGAAGC